AUGUCUGGAUCAAAUCCUUUUCGCGCCAGAAAACUUGGCAACCCCGGUCCAGUCAAUAUAGCCAAUCCAGUCAAUCCAGUAUUGGAUUCACACUUCGAUGUUGCCCCUAUUUUGUCGAAACCUCAACCCACCCCACCUCUUGCCCCGAACGGUUACGGGAAGUCAUCGAUCUCCCUUGAGCUCGAGGUAGAUGACUCGAGCUCGGACGAAGAUACAAACCCGUUCAGUCCAGACUCGGCCAGCGAUAGUGAUGAUGGGAACGAUCAGAGAAACCACAGUUCAACUCGUAAUGAUCGACCAGAAUCGUUUGGGUCUGCUCCACACCAAGCUCCAUCAACAGAUGGAUCCUCCACGCCAUCGUCCACAUCGACCGACCGCAAUGUGCAGUCUGUGACAGGGGGUGUAGCCCCUUACACAUCCCGCGACAGUUCUCAGCAUGAAGUACGCCAGACGUUACGGUUGUCACCAGACGUUAAGACCAGCCCUCCCAGCCGCAAAGACAAGAAACCUCCGCCUCCACCUAAGAGCCACCAUGGGCGGAAGAUUGACCCUACAGCCACUGCAGAAUCAGCCCAGACAGGGCGGUCUUGGUCUACCAACCGCCUGUCAAUCCAUAGCUCCCCUACCGAUGGGACAUCUGGCGUUUCGGAUCCUAGCUCGGCGUCUCUACCAUCCACCGCAGACUACUUCCUGAUGCCAGCGGAGCAACAGGGGAUGAAAUCGACGGACUCGCUCCAACGCAGUCAGUCCCAGCAGAAGCGCCCGCCAACACCACCGCUCAGCCGACGACACAGCCAGAUGAGGCGAUCUAAGUCCGCGCAGUCCAAAUCUAGUCGACUAACCAUGUCUUCGUACGACUCUGAGAGCAAUGAUAGCUCUCUUCCUCCCAGUCCGGGUCCUUCCACUCGGUCUCUUGCACGCAAGAGAAUCAGCAUACCUCCAUCCUCGGGAGACCUCGAACCAACUGUCCCGUUGGCAGAUGUUUCAUUGAAUGUCUCCUCCCCUUCCACUAAUUCUCGACCAGCUUCCUUGAAGGCUGCACGACGUGCAUCAUCUUAUGGCAGUACUGGCAACACUGGUAAUGCACAGGCUGGGUCUCCACCCCCGCCACCCCCGCCUCGACGUACUCGAGACUCCAUGAUCCAUAAGAGUGACAGUGUGCCGAUUUCAAAGACGGCCGAAAUCCAGCCACCCCCUCCCGAGCCUUCUAAUGCUCUGGAUAUCCUGGCAGAUCUCACAAAGCUACAGAAAGAAGUGGAUGAUCUUCGUCGGAAGGUGCAGUGA